UGGCCGCUGACCAUCCGCUCAAGAGAGAACGUUACAAAAUUGAGGACGCCUGCACUGUUGAAAAUGCAUACGCUAUGCUUUUAAGAGCCAUAUAGGAACUUCAAGUUGUUUAACUGUUAAACAGUUUUGUGUUAGCCUAUUGCUUAGCGAAAACUAGAGCUCCUUAUGUCUGCCUUGAGUGAUUUUUGAGCUGCUCCUUUAAGCAGGACGGGUAGCCUGAUCGGCUCAUGGGGUGGUUAUAUUUCUGACCGGUAAAAGUUGCGUACCUGCUUCACACACACACACGUAGUUUGCAAAUCAGAUACUGAUAGCUAAAUAAGGAAACGAAAAGAGAGCUGGAGAACAAUGGCAGGAGGGAAUUUAUGAAAUAAGCGAGUUUGUUUAUGCAUAGGGGAAAGUGAGGUCGAGAGAGAGAGAGAGAGAGAGCGAGCUUUUUCCUUCUGCCCUUGAGCGCCUAGGACACAACCGAAAUCGCAAAAAGUAACGGAACAUUAAUUGAGGCAGUACCACUUCUGAAAAAGUAUUGAAAUAUAAUAUAUUUCGAACAAGAAGUCAACUAUUGUGCGUACGGGAUGUAUAGGAUACCAUCCUAACGCACUGCUUUCCUCAAAAGUAUAAAAACAGAAGGGAAACAAACAGAAGGGGAGAGCAUCUCAUCUAAUCCUCUUACAGAAGAGAAUACGGUAACGUUAAGCUUUAUUUCAACGACGAACCAAUGCUGAGGCUUUAGAAUGCUGAGAACACUUUUGCAAAGGAUCCACCCAUGACAGAAUGAUCAUAUUUUCCCGGACCAAUUUGCCAACGAUGGAGCAUGUAAAUACUUCCUUUGACUGACAUGAAAACACAACAAAUCUUAUCUAGCGAACUUCUGAGUGGACAGCGGGAAUAUUCUCAAUGGUCUACUCAUGGACAUAUCGACUGCUUUUAGCAUGGCUUGCCUGGAGUACCAAAGGGUGUCGAUCUGAGAAAGAUUAGCAUUGUAUACAUUUCUAAUACAACAAGUUAUUGUAACUAUAAUUUAAAGUAACACUUUAAUUUACUUGUUUUUAAAAUAAGAUAAAUACUUCAAAACAGAAGUACGUGUAACUUAUUUAGGCAGGUAUACAAAACCAGGAGAGUUGUAAGGCUGUAUCCUGCAAGCGGCAGGUGUCUCUCCCAACAUGAAAACCAACCGGAUUCCAAGCUGAUCCUCUCCCUGUGUGGACCGACGGUGGCACCACUUCCCUCUUCCCUCCGGACUCUCGGUCUUGGACCAUGGGUGUGGUCUCUACGAGUGCCAUGCUCUCACAGGUGCUUUUUCUUUUGCACUUUGUUACUCUGACACUUGGCCAGUAUGACAUAUGUAAGUCGCUGUUUAGUACGGACGAUGGACCAACAUGGGAGUUUUAUGCGUGCCAGCCAAAACCAAUGGCUAUGAAGGAGUUCAUGCAAAUUAGGGUGGAUCCUCCUGGCAUCACUUGCGGCAACCCCCCGGAAAGGUUCUGUACCCUGGAGAACCCCUACCUGUGUAGUGACGAGUGUGAUGCCUCCAACCCGGACCUGGCUCACCCUCCCCAGCUGAUGCAGGAUCGUGAGCGCAGCGGCCUCAUCACCUACUGGCAGACGGUGACAUGGAGCCGCUACCCGGAGCCCCUGCUGGCCAACAUCUCCCUGGCCUGGAACAAGAGCCUGGAGUUGACCGACGACAUUCAGGUCACCUUCGAGUAUGGCCGCCCCACCAUGAUGGUGCUGGACAAGUCCCUAGACAAAGGGCGCACCUGGCAGCCCUACCAGUUCUACGCCGACGACUGCAUGGAAGCCUUCGGCAUGCCCGCUAAGCGGGUGCAGGACCUGUCGGCCACCAAUGUGACGCGGGUCAUCUGCACAGAGCAGUACUCUCGCUGGGUGGGCUCCAAGAACGAGAAGGUGCUACGCUUCGAGGUGAUGGCACGCUUCACUAUCUUCACGGGGCCCAAGCUGCUCAACAUGGACAGUCUGUACACACGCAUGGAGAGUAUGAAGGGCCUGAGGGACUUCUUCACUUUCACCAACCUGAGACUGAGGCUGCUGAGGCCGGCCCUGGGGGGAACCUACGUCCAGAAAGACAACCUCCUCAAAUACUUCUAUGCCAUUUCCAACAUAGAGGUACCAGCCAGGUGUAAGUGUAACCUCCAUGCUAGCCAGUGCACCUUUCGGGAGGGCAGUCUGCAGUGUGACUGUGAACACAAUACGACGGGCCAAGACUGCACUCGCUGUGAGAGGGGCUUCAAAGCCAAGUCAUGGAAACCUGGAUCAUACCUACCUACCCCCAACGGAUCCCCCAAUACCUGUGAUGCUGCUGGGACUCUUGGCAACUGCGAGUGCUAUGGCCACUCGAACCGCUGCAGUUAUAUUGACUUUAUCAACAUCGUGACUUGUGUCAGCUGUAAACACAACACUAGGGGGCAGAACUGUCAGCACUGUCGACUGGGAUUCUUCCGGAAUGUCUCUGCCGAGCUGGACGAUGAGAACGUUUGUAUAGAGUGUAAUUGUAAUCAGCUGGGAUCCUUCCAUGCUCGAUGCAACGACACAGGGUUCUGCCAGUGUAGAGAUGGCUCCAUUGGGCCGAAGUGUGAGGACUGCCUGCCUGGAUACAGCUGGAGACAAGGUUGCUCCCCCAACGUCUGCGAUGAUGAGUUCCUUCUGUGCCAGAAUGGAGGCACCUGCUUCCAGAACCAGAAGUGUCUGUGUCUGCCAGAGUACAAGGGGGUGCUGUGUGAGCAGCUGCUCUGCGAGGGAGAGAGGGGCUGUAGCGGUGCCUCUGCCUCCUACGUCAGCCUGGCCGCCAUGCUGAGCUGCCUUCUAGCCAACGCCCUGCUUAGAAUAGUCACUGCUUGCUGAGCCACAACCAGGACAGCUGGAGCACACCUGGCUGUAGUAUUGGGACCCUCCACCCGCCGCGCUAACCUCAGUCUCACGGUGCUGUUGCAUUCUGAAACAUUGUUUGCGGGCGCCAAGCCUCUCGUCGCCUGGCCACGAGGAAACAAAGAGAGAGUUCCUCUCUGGCUCUCACUCUGAAAGCCAGUGCUGAAAGAACGUAUACCAAAAAAACAAAAUCACUAUCUAAGAAAAGUUUAAAGAGUGAAGGGUAUUCUUUAUGAAACAGUUUUUUUCUUCUUGUCGUACAUCUAAGUUUGUUCUCACUGAAAUACUGCACUUAGCCAACUUGUUUUCUGACCCGAGAUGGUUGUAAUCACUGCUGAGGCCUACUAAUGCCAAGUUUCUCUUACUCUCAAAUUCACGUUUCCUUACUUUGCUGCAUAGCCUAUUUGUUUCCUGGCAACCAUCAUUGAACUGAAAAGAGUGGGGAAAUAUGAGUAAAACAUGUUUUAAUCAGAGUUGAUGUUUCAGUGGCUUGUGUUGGAGAAUCAAUUGUUGCAUGGAAAUCAUGAAGCAAAGAGAGGGAAUAUGACCUAUCCAAAUUGAACAAAUCUAUGUAUAUUUCAAAGGAAAUAUAUGACUAUUGUAUAUUAACAUUGUUUGAAUAUUUUUGGUAGAAAUUGUUAUUUUUGUUCUAAGUAAACGUUAUCAUUCUAAAGAAAAUGACCCAUGAUGAGCUUUUUAUUACCGUAAACCUUUCUGAGAACGUGACUGUUAGAAGAUUAGGAUGAUGUUCCUGAUUCCAUUGGAUAAAGACAGUUGAAGGAAUAAAGUGUGAAGGUUUGAAAGUUCAAUAAUUUGACUCCAGGGUUUUAUCGCGACACACACUCUUGUUCUCUCUAACACGUGAAUAUAAUAUUUCCGGAAGAACACUAUUUUCACUAAUCCCUUAUCAAACGUCUAUAACAAAACAUGUACAGUGCAAAAGCUGCAUUGAUAUCUUAGUUGAUCGUUUUAGCUCACAUAACAUGAAACCGUGGCAUUGAUAGUACAUUCUUAUGAUUUUAUACGUAUCCUUAUACUGUGCAUCACAAGCCUGGUACGUAAGUGAAAUCAGAUCUGGAUAUUCGUCAUGAAAUUCUGUUUUUGAAACUACAUAUGGAAUGUGAAAGCCCAUAUCCAAAAUGAACAUCAUCCCAGCUCUGGAUUUUAGCAGCCAAUGAUAUUAGAGGACAGAGCUGUAGAGCACAAUAUAGGAUUGAUACACUACAAAUCAUCAACGGAAGAAGAGCCCCGCAGUUGGAAUUAUUUUGUGCUCGUGAUUUUCUAAAACCCCAUUUUGGUUCUAUAAAAUGUGUAUGAUAGAGAGGCUACUAAUUCAAAUGUAAAUGUUUGCUCAUUAACAGAAACAUGACACGUUAGGUCUCAGUUGUGUAAAGUACUUAAGUAAAAAUUCUUUAAACUGCUACUUAAAUAGUUUUUUGGGGGGAUAUAUGUAAUUUACUUUACUAUGACAACUUUUACUGUUACUUCACUACAUUCCUAAAGAAAAUAACGUACUUUUCCCUGACACACAAAGUACUCUUUACAUUUUGAAUGCUUAGCAGAAAAGGAAAAUGGCCCAAUUCACACACUUAUCAAGAUAACAUCCAUGGUCAUCCCUACUGCCUCUGAUCUGGCAAACUCCUUAAACACAAAUGCUUCAUUUGUAAAUUAUAUCUGAGUGUUGGAGUGUGCCCUUGGCUAUCCGUAUUUCUGUUUUAAUUGUGUCAUCUGUUAUGCUUAAUAUAAGGAAUUUGAAAUGAUUUAUACUUUUACUUUUGAUACUUAAGUAUAUUUAAAACCAAAUACUUUAAGACUUUUACUUAAUUAGUAUUUUACUGGGUGACUUUCACUUUUACUUGAGCCAUUUUCUAUUAAGGUAUCUUUACUUUUAUUCAUGACAAUCGGGUACUUUUUCCACCACUGUUAGGUCUUGCCGAUUAGCCAUCAGGACUCCAGCUACAUUAGUCCUGGGUAAGUGAACACACUGAUCUUGCACUUGAAGAAAUAGUGGUCUACUGAUACUGAAUUAUUAGUCUUGAGGGACAACGUUCAUUUUAAAUUGAAUUAAGGAUCUUUGUUUGGUCGACUUUUAGGUAUGGCUGUUAAUAUUCAGCAUGAAUAAAGAAGUUUGAAUUAGUAACACUAACUUCACUGUGUGGGUACGUGGCCAACUCUAAAACAGAGACUGCAUCCUCCGCAGGUACAAUACUACUCUCUCUUAUAGCCCAGCAGCAUCACUCAUCUGAAAUCUCUUCAACUACUACAGGGUAAGGGGGCACUCAUAGGGGACAUGCUAUUACACCUGAGUGUGGAGGUCCCUUCUCAACUUUCUCUUCCACUAAAUGAUAUGCUUAACAUUCAAGCACUAUGGCCGUCAUUGACAUUUUUCAGUCAGGGAUCAAUCGGUCAUUGGGCAAGGAAACAAAAUUGAUGUCCAAGAAACCUGGAGACAAAUACAAGUAGAGGUCACGUCUCCUGAUGGCUGAGUCAUUAGUGGACUCUUAUUUUCUGUAAUACAACACCUCAUGUCCAUUAUUGGAAUGAAAUCAACCAUUUUCUUUUUAGACAGGUCUCAACAAAGCCCACAAUGAUGAAUCAAAGGUAUUCCCUCUGUUUGCAAACAUAAAAUGAUGAAUUCCCUAGAAAAAGAAAAGCAAUAUGCUAAAUGUAAAAGAUAGUGUUUUCCAUAAUCAUGAAUCUCUGUAUCUGACUUCCUUAUACACUGCAGGAGAGCAGAUCCUCUGACAGUGAUGCUGGGGUUGGCACCUUCAAUCCAGACAUUAAUGACCACCCCUAAACCUCACUAUAGCGACUACGGUUUUCACUGUUGGAAAGUAAAGAGAUUGAUGAAUUCAAAAACAAAUUAUAAUACCUGCUUUUCGUAUUGAAACUUCACGUUUUGAACACCUCUGAUUGGCAGAUACAUUCGCUUCCUUGAUACAUUUUUUGGCAACAGCAGAGCAGAAGUAUUUGGUUGGGCUCAGAGUCCACUAUUAUAUCUUCACUGACCAACCCCAGGAGGUUCCACCCUUUGGAAGGUCCCUUGCCGUCGUCCUGGUACCCAGGUUUAAGUCUCUCUCUAGAGGAUGGAGAGUGUGCAAAGCUGUCAUCAAGGCAAUAGGUGGCUACUUUAAAGAAUCUAAAAUAUAUUUAUUUUGGUUACUACAUGAUUCCAUAUGUGUUUUUUCAUAGUUUUGAUGUCUUCACUAUUAUUCUACAAUGUAGAAAACAGUUAAAAUAAAGAAAAACCCUUGAAUGAG